ACGGACUGCGCCGCGCACGGGAAGCCGGUCCAGUGACGACAUUGGAGAGACUGGGCUAAACCGCAACCUCCGUUAGCCGGAGAUGAACCGCCGCCGUUGGGCCCAAGUUCGAAACCGACAGCAUGAUCCACGUUCAUGACCACCACCAAGUGGUUUUAUUAGGCCCAGGAGCGCAGGUCUCUUCUCUGUUGAUGCUUGGAACUGCGGCAGGCCCCAGCGAUCUACGAGUCUUUUUCUCCAGGCAUAUGGAUCGUUCUACAUUCACUGUCCAUCGCCGGCGGUAACUAUUCAUCUCGAAGCUGGUAUUCGACUCGGGCGUGAUUCACGAUGGACCAGCUACAGAAGGAACACGAGCGGCUCUGGAAACGACUCAAGUCGUCGAAGAACAUCAAGGAUGUGCAGGCCACUAUCGAUAUGCUACAGGAAGCCCGCGACACUAUCGCUGCGGAUCCAAGUAAAGCUUCGAUCACUUUGGCCAAGCUACAGAACCCAGUGAAAGCGUCUUUCGAUGGCAUGAAUGAGGGGUUGAAGGAGACUCAUAGUGGUUUGAAUAAGUAUGGGAAGGCGCUGGAUAAGCUGUUCAAAGACAAGCCCCUCCCAAAAAAUGACCACGAUGCCUUAGCCUCGCAGCCAGCUCUUGUCAACCGAGCCAUCGCGAUGCAUCUUCUAAGAGAGGGACAGUUCUCUGUGGCGUCGACGUUUCUGCAGGAGAUAGCGGAUAAGAAGGCUCCCGCGCAACCACAGCUGGACCCCUCAGUGUCAAUAGAGGAUAUCGAUAUGCAGCUUGAUGUUGAUCAAGUGCAGUCCGGCGAAAUCCGAAAUCAGUUCGCCACCAUGUAUCACAUCCUUCACGAGCUGAAGGAAGAGUACAACCUACUACCCGCAAUCCAGUGGUCUCGAGAAAACAGACAUGCGCUGGAGAUGAGAGGGAGUAACCUUGAGUUUGAGCUUUGCAGGCUCCAGUUCAUAUGGCUUUUCCAUGGAGGAAAAGAAGGACCGGCGUCGGGUACGACAGGCCCUUAUGCCGCCUUGGAAUAUGCGAGGAAAGAAUUCCAGACGUUCAUUCCUAGAUAUCUUGGGGAGGUCCAGCAGCUGGUCGGUGCGAUGGCUUUCUGCCCCAACUUGGAGCAGUCGCCGUAUAGAGCGAUUUUCAACAAUCCAUCGGCAUGGGCUGAUGUUGCAAAUACUUUUACUCGUGAAUUCUGUUCACUUCUGGGUCUCUCUGCGGAUUCGCCUCUUUACAUAGCGGCUACUGCGGGUGCGAUCGCUCUGCCGACGCUCUAUAAGCUGCAUACGAUUAUGAAAACCAAGCGAACCGAGUGGACCACUCAGAAUGAGCUUCCCGUAAGUAUUUGGCGCGGAAGAGUAUUGUCGUAUCAGCUUCUGACAUCCGGUUCUUCCCUAGGUCGAAAUCCCUCUCCCUCCGUCAUAUCUGUUCCAUUCGAUAUUCGUAUGCCCCGUUUCCAAGGAGCAGACGACGGACCAGAACCCGCCGAUGAUGAUGCCGUGUGGACACGUUAUUGCGCAGGAAUCUCUAACGCGGCUGAGCAAGGGCAGCAGAUUCAAAUGCCCUUAUUGCCCCAACGAAAGUCAUCCACGGGAAGCGAGAAAGGUCCUCCUGUGACUCCAUUGAAAUUUGCGCGUAUAGUGUGGCGUCAGGCAUGGGUUAUCUUUUUGGUCGGGCGCUUUCUCAGGAGGAAAGGGUUGAGGUCAAAUUCCGGGUUAUUCGUCGUGUUAUUUGAGGAGGUCAAGGCGUCUGGUUCGACGAGGCUUUUGAGGUCUAAUUUCCUUUUUCUCUUUGCAUAUAUGGCCAGGUCUAUGGAGGGCUUCCAGUGUCUCUACUUCCGGUGGACACUACGUCUAUGAUUUACAUUAAAUGAAUCAGAUUGUCUUUAAGUAUAAAAAUGACUGCUGCGUUUCACGGAUUUCCUUAGGUCGAAAUAAGCGUCAAGACUGGGAAUCUCUCUUGUUAUUUCUCUACACGGGUAUUAUCGAUCUUACUGUAAGACGCAGCUGACAGUUACUGUAACUAGCAAGCCCCAUACGGCUGGAGACAUUGUAAUCAAGAUAGAAUUAAAGCUAGAGGCCAGGAAGCCAUAGUGUGUAUGCUACUGGCACAAGGGAUCAUGGCUGAUAGAUGUUCGAUUGCGGGUAAUAAAAAGCUCGCAACUAUACUAGUUGGGAACGAGGCGACACUUAGUUAUAUAC